GGGUCACGGACUCAGAAGUUAAAGGGUUCCCAGCAUCUACAUACAACAUACUAUAUGCAAGAAGUAAUGGUAGGCCACGAUCAUGUCUAAUUGCUAAAAAAUCGAUUAACAUUUUUCUUUGUACACAGCUUAGCUCAGAAGACCUAACAGUCGCAAAGGUCGAGCUACCGCACAACAGAAGCUUCAUGAUUGCCUCAAGCUAUAUGGCACAUGAGAAGACAGCACCACCAGACGAAGUGAGCGAUCUCCUGGCCGUAAUUGAGACAUCUGACGACAUAAUCCUAGGCUGUGAUGCCAAUGCAAGGCAUACAAUCUGGGGUAGCAGCGAAACUAAUGAAAGGGGUACAUGAAAUAAUGCUUCGAGAUCGACCGCGACAAGAAGCUUAUAAAAAUGCAAUUUUGUCAAAUGCUUCACUUUUCAAAGAUAAAAUAAUUUUAGAUGUUGGAGCUGGCACUGGAAUACUAUCAGCCUUUUGUGCUAAAGCUGGAGCUAAGUUAGUGUAUGCUGUAGAAGCAUCGAAUUUGGCAAAAAUUGCAUUAAAAGUGAUGGAAGAGAAUAACAUUACAUCUACAGUAAAGGUAAUACAUUCAAAGAUUGAGGAAUUUAUUCUACCAUCAUCAGCAGAAAAAGUGGAUAUUAUUGUUUCUGAAUGGAUGGGUUUCUAUUUACUUCAUGAGGGCAUGCUUGAUUCCGUAUUAUAUGCAAGAGACAACUUUCUUAAGCCGGAUGGUUUAAUGUUUCCCAGUGAAGCUACAAUUUACGUAGCUCCAUGUGCAGUUCCAUGUCUCUUUGAUGACUGGGAAGAAGUUGAUGGAGUCCGUUUGACGGCUUUUGGAACUAUGCUAAGACAACAAAAAUCGACUAAACCUGAAAUUGCACUAAUUUCACCAAAGGAUUUACUCCACAGUGGCGUUGCAAUGCACUGGAUGAAUUUAAUGGAUAUUACUCUUGAAGACCUGAACAGCAUUGUUUUUCAAGAAGUUGUUCCUGUAAAGAAAUUGGGCAAACAUCAAGGUUUUUGCAUUUGGUUUGAUUGCAGAUUUCCUGCAGAAUCCUAUGAAGACUCUAUUGUUUUAUCUACAAGUCCCAAUUCUCCAGCCACCCAUUGGAAGCAGUGUGUUGUUGUGCUGCCUGAAACGGCUUGUGAAGAUUUGGAGGAAAAUGCCCCAGUAUCAUUUAAAAUAUCAAUGAAACGUAAUGGUGAAAAUAGUCGUAAAUACGAUCUAGAAGUUGAACUUUUAGAUCCCAAUGAGGUAGAACAUCCAGUACCUUGUGAAUGUCAUUUAACCAAGUGUAUCCUCAUAAAAGCUCAUUUACAAACAAUGGACACGUCAUAAAUAAACUAUAUUAAAUAAUUUAGUUUUUUUUUUAAUAAAUUAAUUAUGUUUUUUCAAUAUAAAUUGAUCGCCGUUAAAAUGCCGCUCAU